AUGGCCGGAUCAAUAACCAAACCCAAGAAGCCCAAGUCCAAGCGGACGCCCACUCGGCUGCGGCACAAGAUCGAGAAGGCGUCGGCCGCGAAGCAGCGCAAGGCGAGAAAGCUCGCCAAGAAGAACCCAGAAUGGCGGAGCAAGCUGAAGAAGGACCCUGGAAUUCCGAACCUGUUCCCCUACAAGGAGAAGCUGCUGCAACAGAUCGAGGAGGACCGCAUCCGGAGGAAAGAGGAGCAGCAGCGCCGUCGCGAGGCGGCCAAGGCGGCCAAGUCGACUGAUGCUGGCAAGACUGGGGGCGAUGAGCACAUGGAUGAGGACGAGGAGUUUGCUGGGGAGGAUGUGGAUGAUGUCAUGGAUGAGGACGACGACGAUGAUAGCGAUUUCGAUGACUCCAACCCGCUGGCUGCUCUCAUCGCGAGCGCGAAGAAGGCGGCAGAGAAGUACGACAAGGAAUUGCAGAGCGGUGACGAGAUGGAUGAUGACGAGGAUGACGAGAGCGAGGAUGACGACGCUGGGAUGAUUGAGGUGCAGGGCGGCGCGUCGUCGCGCAGGGCUUACGACAAGGUCUUCAAGCAGGUUGUCGAACAGGCUGAUGUCGUUCUCUACGUUCUGGACGCACGCGACCCCGAGGCCACGCGGUCGCGCGACGUUGAGGGGGCAGUCAUGGCGGCUGCCGGCGGCGGCAAGCGGCUUAUCCUGAUUCUCAACAAGGUCGAUCUCAUCCCGCCUCCCGUCCUGCGCGCCUGGCUCGCCCACCUGCGCCGCUUCUUCCCCACCCUCCCCCUCCGCGCAUCCAACCCGGCGCCCAACGCCCACACCUUCAACCACCGCGACAUCACUGUCCAGAGCACUAGUGCCACCCUCUUCCGCGCGCUCAAGUCGUACGCUGCGUCCCGCAACCUCAAGCGCGCCAUCUCCGUCGGCGUCAUCGGCUACCCCAACGUCGGCAAGUCCAGCGUCAUCAACGCCCUCCUCUCGCGCCUCGGCGGCAGCUCCCGCAACCAGCGCGCGGCCUGCCCCGCCGGUGCCGAGGCCGGCGUCACCACCUCGAUCCGCUCCGUCAAGAUCGACAACCGACUCACGCUGCUCGACUCGCCAGGUAUCGUCUUCCCGUCCACCAACCCGGGCGCCUCCUCCUCCACCUCCGCCUCCACCUUCGUCCCCAAGAACGCCACCGAGGCACACGCCCACCUAGUCCUCCUCAACGCCAUUCCACCCAAGCAAAUCAACGACGCGGUGCCGGCCGUCACGCUCCUUCUCAAGCGCCUAUCCGCCACCCCCGCGCUGAUGGAGCGCAUGACGCAGGUGUACGACCUGCCGCCACUGCUGCUGAACCCGGAGAGCGGCGACGCGACGACGGACUUCUUGAUCCAGGUGGCGCGCAAGCGCGGACGCCUCGGCCGCGGCGGCGUGCCCAACAUCGCCGCCGCCGCCAUGACCGUCGUCACCGACUGGCGCGACGGCCGCAUCCAGGGCUGGUCCGAGCCCCCCGUCGUUGGUGCCGCUGCCGCGCCCGGCAAGGAUGGGGUGGUUAGGAUUGCGGAUGAGGAGGUCAUGGCGGAUCAGAAGGUGAUUGUGACGCAGUGGGCCGAGGAGUUUAAGCUGGAGGGGUUGUGGGGGGAUGAGGCGGCGGAGGAGGUGAAGGAGGUGGAAAUGCAAUAA